AUGGUUGCCUUCAACACUCUUCUCACCCUCGCCGCCACCCUGGUCCCUUUGGUUACUGGCGCUGCCCUACCCACUCAUGAAGACUCCUCCCUGACCAGGCGUCAAUACCAAGACAAGUCCUGGGACGCCUACCACCGCCAAAACGGAGCAUUCGCAAGACAAGGCCUCUGCCUCUUCUACCUCGACCCUUCUCCCCGCGACGGUGCAUGGGCAUGCGGCGUCUACUGCAAAAACGACCGCACCAAAAUCUGCACCACCGUGCACCCUAGCAAAUUCACAAACGACAUGCUAGGCGCGAACCCCGACGGCGAGCGCUAUGCCAUCGGACAAUGCCAAUGCGACACUUCAGCAGCGGACUUUCUCGCUACAGCUACUGUUGAUUUCACAGCUAGAGGUCUUGACAAGGGUUUUAGAGAGAUUGGAAGUGUUACGUGUGAGAUUAUGGUGAAUGUUAUGAAGGAAGCUGUUUUUGCGAGCACUUAUGCUAUUCCUGGUGUUGGGCCUGUUGCUACAGCUGCUAGGACAGUUGCUAAGGGUGUUAAGUUGGCGUCUAAGACGCAGGGUGGUAAGGAUAUGUGGACGGAUGCUGUUAAGGAGUCUUGUAACUUUCGCCGGGAUGAGGAGUUGCUGAACAAGGGCUUUGGUAUCUUUGAGGGAGCUCCAGAUGAGUUUUAA